AUGAGCCCGAGAGACGCGGACCGACCAUCCCUCACCCGGUAGUCCCAACAACCCCACGGUCGCGCCUAAACACGUCGGGUGAAACCUAUACCCGUUCGGUGAACACCCCAACAUUUCAAACGACAGGAGUAUGGCACUAAGUGAAAAUGCGCUGUUUGGGAUGGGCAAUCCCCUGCUGGACAUUUCGGCUGUGGUGGACAAGGACUUCCUUGACAAGUACGGCCUGAAGCCCAACGACCAGAUCCUGGCCGAGGACAACCACAAAGCCUUGUUUGAAGAAAUUGUGAAGAAAAGCCACGUCGAAUAUCAUGCGGGAGGCGCAACCCAGAACUCGGUGAAAAUCGCACAGUGGAUGCUCCAGGAGCCCCACAAGGUGGGCACCUUCUUCGGCUGCAUCGGCGAGGACCGCUUCGGGGAGAUCCUGAAGCAGAAGGCGCGCGAGGCCCACGUCGACGCCCACUACUACGAGCAGAACAGCGAGCCCACCGGGACCUGCGCCGCCUGCAUCACCGGCGACAACAGGUCCCUCGUCGCCAACCUGGCAGCGGCAAACUGCUACAAAAAGGAAAAACACCUGGACCUGGAGAGCAACUGGGAGCUGGUGCAGAAAGCCAAGGUCUAUUAUAUCGCGGGUUUCUUCCUGACGGUGUCCCCGGAGUCGAUCCUCAAGGUGGCCAAGCAUGUGUCUGAUAACAACAAGGUGUUCUGCAUGAACCUCUCUGCGCCGUUCAUCAGCCAGUUCUUCAAGGAGGACCUGAUGAAGAUCAUGCCCUACGUCGACGUCCUGUUUGGCAACGAGACGGAAGCGGCCACCUUCGCAAAGGAGCAAGGCUUCAAGACGGAGGACAUCGCCCAGAUCGCCAGGGACUGCCAGAACCUGCCCAAGCAGAAUGAGAAGAGGCGGCGGGUGGUGGUCUUCACCCAGGGGAAGGACGACACCGUGGCCACUGUUGGUGACAAGGUGACCACGUUUCCUGUUGUGGACAUUGACCAGAGCGCCAUCGUGGACACAAAUGGCGCAGGCGAUGCCUUUGUGGGAGGCUUCCUGUCCCAGCUGGUGGUGGAAAGCCCACUGGAGGAGUGCAUCCGGGCGGGGCACUACGCAGCCAACGUCAUCAUCCAGAGAGUCGGCUGCACCUUCCCGGAGAAACCGGACUUCCAUUGAUGUCCAUGAGCACUGUUUUUGGCGUUUCGGCUGAUGAACAGUUUAUGUUCAGGGUUGUUUUUGUUUUGUUCAUGGGACUAACCGUCGUUGUCGAGGCCUUGAAUGCGCAGAGCGUUCCUUCUGUUCGCAGCUUAAGAGAGGCAAUGGAUGACCGUUUAUUAACUUGUUGCCAUAUGUUUGCCUCUUCCCACUGUUCCUUGGCUCUCGUGCCCGCGGUGUCUUCGGCACUAAAGUGGGCCGAGCCGCGAUCUGUUACAACCAUCCAACUGCAGCUAAAGAAUUCUGACCAUAUUUUGGUUUUAUAAUGCAAAUAACAUCAUUUAUAACCAUAUUAAUAGUUAUACCAAUCAUUGUAAGUCUUAAUCCCACCAUGAUUAAAGUAACUUAUUUAAAAGUU